CGCCGCUGUCCGAAGCUUGGCAGUGUCAUCUCCGGAAGCCAGCUGCAAUAUUAUAGCACAAAGACACCCAAAUAACAGAGAGGUAGAACAAGCAGCUGCACGGAUCAGGCAAUGGAGAUCUCCGCCUGCUUUCUAGCGGCCUCUCUGCUCCUCCUCUCCUCUUUCUCUUCAGCCACCGACAGCAAAAACAAUCCUGCAGAUGAGCUUGUGUCAGUGAUCAACAGCAACAGAACAUCCCACAAAUCCCCCGCUCUCUUUGACAAUGCAGGCCUCGGCUGCAUUGCCCUGCAAUACAUCAAAGCCUACGAGGGUCAGUGUGGUGAGGUUGGGGACAGCAAGAAGCCACCUGACAGUAGUUUUAUCGAUACAUUCGCUCCCAAUUGUGGUGUUGAAGCUCCAACACUUGCUCCCAUCACCGGCCGGCUACUUGCCUGCCAGAGCACCUACGUCUCCCCUGAAGCGGCCUUCGAUAUCUUGAUUGAAAAUGCUCGGAGCCUGCAGAUUCUGCAUGACAAGAACCACACGGAGGUAGGAGUUGCUGUUAGUGGCACCGAUGGUGGAGCUCCCUACUUCUGGUGUGUUCUGUUUAGCAAUGGGACAAGGAACAGCAGCUUCGUGCUUCAGGGAGGAGUGGCGAAGACAGUCCGGCCUGGAUGUUUCAGCGGCAACAACGACGACUGCAGCGGCGCCAGCAGCCUCAGCAGUGCUUUAUGGACUAUGGUGGCUGCAGCUUGGAUUGCUGUUGCUUAUGGUUUUGGCUUGUAAGUGAUCCAUCAAGGAGGAGGAACACACCAUUUGUUUCUUGUUCCAUUUGCUUAAUGGUCGAUCAUUACCUUAUAA